AUGGAACGAGCCAAUAACCGAGUUGAAUCUUCCGCCCCAUCCACAGCGCAAGCACAAGUCUGCAAUGAGCCCCCUGAUGGCGGAUACGGCUGGGUAUGCACUGUCGCAGCUGCAGUCAUCAACGCACACUCCUGGGGCUUCAACUCCGCCUACGCAGUCUUCCUGGCAUAUUACCUGGACAAUGACAUCUUCCCCGGAGCAACAUCUCUACAGUAUGCAUUCGUGGGCUCACUCAGCAUCAGCGUCCUGAUGCUCACCUCCCCGAUUGCAACAAUCGCAGUCCGCGAGAUCGGGAUUCGACCGACCAUGUUCUGCGGCGUUGUUCUCGAGACAAUCAGCCUGCUAUGCGCGAGUGCAGCGACGCAGAUAUGGCACCUAUUUCUCACGCAGGGGAUUGUGUUCGGGAUGGGUUUAAGCCUCUUGUUCAUCCCAACCGCUGCAGUUGUUCCGCAGUGGUUCACCACCAAACGAUCGUUAGCGAGCGGCGUCUCCCUCUCCGGUGCUGGGAUGGGAGGUCUGAUUUAUUCGCUUGCGGCAUCGGCCAUGAUUCACGAUCUGGGAUUAACCUGGACCUUUAGAAUUCUGGGCAUCAUUGCCUUUGUGGUCAACACGAGCUGCACGCUUCUGAUCAAGGACCGGAAUAAAGACAUCGGGUCGAAUCAGGGUGCGUUUGAUAUGAUGCUGUUCAAGAGGUGGGAGUAUAUCCUGCUCCUGGGAUUCAGCGGGUUCACUAUGCUGGGAUACUUUAUCUUGAUUUUCACCUUGGCGAACUUUGCAAAGUCCAUUGGUCUUGAUUCAUCCCAGGCUUCUGUUGCUAGUGCCCUCUUUAACCUGGGACAGGCACUUGGUCGACCGCUUAUUGGAUACUUUAGCGACGUCACUGGCCGUAUCAACAUGGCUGGCUCGAUGACAUUAAUUGCCGGUGUUCUUCCGCUGGUUGUUUGGACCAAUACCAGCAACUACGGUGUAUUGAUCUUCUUCACGUUCGUGGAGGGCCUCUUUGCUGGCAAUUUCUGGGCAACGAUUGCGCCGCUCGUGGCGGAGGUCGUUGGGCUUAAGAACGUGCCCUCUGGUCUGAACUUGCUGUGGCUUGCUAUUGUUAUACCAUGUACGUUUAGCGAGGCGAUUGCAUUGGAGAUUGUUGAUGGGACGGGGAAUUAUCUUGGGACUCAGCUGUUUACGGGGUUUAUGUAUAUCGCUGCGGCGGCGUGUAUGUGGGCGCUCCGGGGAUGGAAGAUAUUGCAGAAUGAGGCAGCAGCAGCAGAAGGAACGGAUGCAGCUGGAAUAGUGAGUAGACAUGUGUAUUUUGGUGAGAUCUGGAUCAAGUCUUUGAAGUGGGCGAAUGUUUAG